AGCACAGGAAGGGGAAGGAAGAGGAGGGCUGCACGUCUUCCACUUCCCCACCCUCUUCCUGCCCUGUGCGAUGCUCCUGUGUGCCCCUUUCACCAUGGCUGCAGUGCUGAGACCCCAGUGUGUGCCCGCGGGGGGGAUGUGCCCGCUCGGGUGUGUAUGAGUGCCAGGCUGUGCCUCUUUCCCGCACUUUCAUCACUGCAAGAUACAGCCGACAACUCCGGACUAGUUUGUGUGUCUGCAGUGCCUGGCUACUCGUCGCCGCCGGCAUGGCGUCCUAUGUGGAUAAUAGUUUCAGACAGUCUGUGAUGAAGCCCCCGGCUGACAGGAGUCCUCAGGAUCUGGAGAUAGUUUACUCAUACCUGCAUGGAAUGGAAGCACUAUCAAAUCUACGGGAGCAUCAGCUGAGACUGAUGUGUGAAACUGUCCGGUAUGAAAGACAUGAAGCUAAUGAAGUGUUAUACUACCCUGAUGAUAUCGGUACCUGCUGGUAUAUCCUUUUAUCUGGAUCUGUGUUUAUCAAGGAGUCCAUGUUUCUCCCCAGGAGCAGCUUUGGCAAAAGAUCUGCAGGAAGCUUCAGGCGUGGUUGUGAAUGCAUUGUGUUGGAACCCUCCGAAAUGAUUGUGGUGGACUAUAUGGAUGAAAAUGAAGAGUAUUUCCAGCGACAAGCAUCUCACAGACAGUCUCGCCGGAGAUUCAGGAAGAUUAAUCAGAAAGGAGAGAGACAGACAAUCAUCGAUACUGUGGAGCCUUAUCCUGUUGGAAAACCUCCCCUUCCAAGAGGCUACCACACGGAAUGCACUAAGCCUCAGCUUCCUGCUGAUUUCACCAAACUGCAUAUCACAGACAGCCUACAUCCACAGGUGACCCAGGUGUCCUCCAGUCAUUCAGGAUGUAGCAUCACUAGCGAUUCUGGGAGCAGCAGCUUGUCUGACAUCUACCAGGCCACAGAAAGUGAGCCCGGAGAUAUGGACCUGAGUGGGCUGCCAGAGACUGCUGUAGACUCAGAAGAUGACGAUGACGAAGAGGAUAUCGAGAGAGCAUCUGAUCCUUUAAUGAGCCGAGAUAUUGUUAGAGACUGCCUGGAAAAAGAUCCCAUUGACCGAACAGAUGAUGACAUUGAACAACUCCUGGAGUUCAUGCAUCAGUUGCCUGCUUUUGCCAAUAUGACGAUGUCUGUCAGACGGGAACUGUGCGCUGUCAUGGUGUUUGCUGUUGUGGAACGGGCAGGGACUGUCGUACUAAAUGAUGGAGAGGAGCUCGAUUCCUGGUCAGUCAUUUUAAAUGGCUCAGUGGAAGUGACAUACCCUGAUGGGAGAACAGAAAUACUUUGCAUGGGAAACAGCUUUGGAGUCUCUCCAACCAUGGAGAAGGAAUUCAUGAAGGGAGUGAUGAGAACCAAAGUGGAUGAUUGCCAGUUUGUUUGUAUAGCCCAGCAAGAUUAUUGUCGCAUCCUGAACCAGGUGGAGAAGAACAUGCAAAAAGUAGAAGAAGAGGGGGAAAUUGUCAUGGUGAAAGAGCACAGAGAACUUGACCGCACUGGUACCAGGAAAGGUCACAUCGUCAUCAAGGGAACUGCUGAACGUCUGACAAUGCACCUUGUGGAAGAACAUUCUGUGGUAGACCCAACGUAUAUAGAAGAUUUCCUCCUCACAUAUAGGACUUUUCUGUCAAGCCCCAUGGAAGUUGGGAAGAAGUUAUUGGAGUGGUUUAAUGACCCUAGCCUCAGGGACAAGGUGACUCGAGUAGUAUUGCUCUGGGUUAACAACCAUUUCAAUGACUUUGAAGGUGACCCAGCUAUGACUCGUUUUUUAGAGGAAUUUGAGAACAACUUGGAACGUGAGAAAAUGGGAGGACACCUCCGACUGCUGAAUAUUGCAUGUGCUGCCAAGGCAAAGAGAAGAUUAAUAACACUAACAAAGCCUUCUCGAGAAGCCCCCUUGCCUUUCACCCUUCUUGGGGGGUCAGACAAGGCAUUUGGCAUCUUUGUUGACAGCGUGGAUCCUGGAAGUAAAGCUGUGGAAGCUGGCUUAAAGAGAGGGGAUCAGAUAUUGGAGGUGAAUGGUCAAAACUUUGAAAACAUUCAGCUAAUGAAGGCUAUGGAAAUUCUCAAGAACAACACUCACUUGGCUAUCACUGUGAAAACAAAUUUGUUUGUCUUCAAAGAGCUUCUUGCAAGAAUGUUGGAAGAAAAAAGAAACAGUGCCCCACAUUUGCCCAAAAUUGGCGACAUCAAGAAAACCAGUCGUUAUUCUAUUCCAGAUCUGGCUGUUGAUGUUGAACAAGUUAUAGGACUUGAAAAAGUGAGCAAAAAGGCCAAAGCCAACACAGUCGGAGGAAGGAAUAAGCUGAAGAAGAUUUUGGAUAAAACUCGGAUCAGUAUUCUUCCUCAGAAACCUUACAAUGACAUUGGAAUUGGCCAUUCUCAAGAUGACAGCAUUGUUGGUCUACGGCAGACCAAACACAUGCCAGCUACUCUCCCUGUCAGUGGGACACUGUCAUCCAGUAAUCCAGAUCUGCUGCAGUCUCACCACCGUAUCUUAGACUUUACCACCACUCCAGAUCUGCCUGACCAGGUACUGCGAGUUUUUAAAGCCGACCAGCAGAGCCGUUACAUAAUGAUAAGCAAAGAUACCACCGCCAAGGAAGUGGUUAUUCAGGCUAUCAGGGAAUUUGCACUUACUGCUGUGCCUGAUGCCUACUCUUUAUGUGAGGUGUCUGUCACCCCUGAAGGUGUAAUCAAGCAGAGGCGACUACCAGAUCAGCUAUCGAAGCUGGCAGACAGAAUACAACUGAGUGGAAGGUAUUACCUUAAAAACAACAUGGAAACAGAAACAUUGUGUUCAGAUGAAGAUGCCCAGGACUUGCUGAGAGAGAGCCAUCUUUCCUUGCUUCAGUUAAGUACCAUUGAGGUGGCUACACAGCUCUCAAUGAGGAACUUUGAGCUGUUUAGGAACAUUGAGCCCACAGAGUACAUUGAAGAUCUCUACAAACUGAAGUCAAAGAUUGGCAGCACUAACCUCAAGAACUUUGAAGAUGUAAUUAACCAAGAAACCUUCUGGGUGGCCACAGAAAUUUUAAGGGAAACCAACCAGCUGAAAAGGAUGAAGAUUAUCAAGCAUUUUAUCAAGAUAGCACUGCACUGUAGAGAAUGCAAGAACUUCAACUCUAUGUUUGCAAUCAUUAGUGGCUUAAAUUUGGCUGCAGUAUCCAGACUAAGAACAACAUGGGAAAAGCUGCCUAGUAAAUAUGAAAAACUUUUUCAAGAUCUUCAAGACCUCUUUGACCCCUCGAGGAAUAUGGCGAAAUAUCGUAACAUGCUGAACAGCCAGAACCUACAGCCACCCAUCAUCCCAUUAUUUCCUGUUAUAAAGAAAGAUCUUACUUUUCUACAUGAAGGAAACGACUCCAAGGUGGAGGGGCUUGUGAACUUUGAAAAACUAAGAAUGAUCGCAAAAGAAAUCCGGCACGUUGGCAGAAUGGCCUCUGUGAACAUGGACCCUGCCCUGAUGUUCCGCACAAGGAAGAAGAAAUGGAGAAGUUUGGGGUCACUCAGUCAAGGAAGCACCAAUUCUGCUAUUUUGGAUGUGGCACAGACAGGUGGUCACAAAAAACGAGUACGUCGAAGCUCUUUUCUGAAUGCCAAGAAACUCUAUGAAGAUGCACAGAUGGCUCGCAAAGUGAAGCAAUACCUGUCUGACCUGAAUCUUGAAAUGGAUGAAGAGAAUCUUCAGACAUUAUCCCUCGUAUGCGAGCCUUCUACAAAUACAUUGCCAAAAACACCUUGUGACAAGAGAUCAGGGAAGCCAGACACAUCGCCAGUAGCACCGCGGGCAGCUACUCAGCAAAAACAGCAACAGCCAAUAAAGGUGAACCAAGCAUUGCAGGUGCCAGCUGUGGCUCUUUAUCCUUCCAGGAAGAAGGUGCCAGUCAAGGAUCUUCCUCCUUUUGGCAUCAACUCACCACAAGCGUUAAAGAAAAUUCUUUCCUUAUCAGAAGAAGGAAGUUUUGAACGACACAAGAAAGCAGCAGAGGACACUUUAUCCAAUGCAUCAUCGCAGCUUUCGUCUCCUCCGACCUCCCCGCAGAACUCUCCAAGAAAAGGAUAUUCCAUGCCAGCAAGUGGCACUGUGGAUAAUUUCUCAGACUCUGGGCACAGUGAGAUCUCUUCUCGUUCCAGUAUAGUUAGCAAUUCCUCAUUUGAUGGCAUGCACCUCCAUGAUAAUAGGCGGCAGCGGCAUUCAGUGAGCAUUGUGGAGACUAAUCUGGGUGUGGGGAGGACAGACAGAAGAGCUGCAAUGGAAGCCGAGCCUUGCUACAUGGGGCACUAUGCACAUUUGGUGGAGAAUAGAGGCUUGUACGCGAGUGGAACGGUUUUGUCUUCUCCGAGCAUGGAGGAACUGUCCCAGGAUCAGGGUGAUAGAGCUUCACUGGAUGCUGCAGACAGCGGACGAGGUAGCUGGACCUCUUGUUCAAGUGGCUCCCAUGACAACAUACAGACUAUACCACAUCAGAGGAGUUGGGAGACUCUGCCAUUUGGCCAUGUUCAUUUUGACAGCACAUCAGAUGGGGCAGGUUACUGGCCUUCGGGAAGUCAUAUAGACCAUUUAAUAUUUUCUGAUCAUAGCACAAAGCAUGGCAGACACAAUCAAGGAAGAGAAGCUUUAGAACAAGCACAGUCCAGAGCAAGCUGGGCAUCUUCCACUGGCUACUGGGGUGAGGACUCAGAGGGGGACACUGGCACCAUUAAGAGACGAGGGGGAAAAGACGUUGCUAUUGAAGCAGAAACAAGCAGCAUAUCAUCACAAACUGCAGAAGAGACAAAGCCUCUGCCUGUGCCCACACACAUAGCUGUGACAGCAGCUUCCUCAAAGGGUCUUAUUGUGUAUUGUGUUACCACAGCACGGAAAGAUGGCCGGUAUCGAGAACCACCACCAACACCUCCUGGAUAUGUAGGAAUUCCUAUAGCAGACUUUGCAGAAGGACACCCACAGUUAUCCAGAAAGCCACCAGAUUACAAUGUAGCACUGCAGCGCUCCAGGAUGAUGGCUCGAAGGGGUGACAGUGAAGGAGGACCUGCAACAUCUCCCCCAUCACACAAUCAACAUUCUAGCAAGAUUGUUAACAAGCCACAGUGGCAUAAACCAAAUGAUACAGAUCCACGACUAUCUAAGUAUCAGGCACAAGGGGUUACAAAAGAUGACGAUGAUGAGCAAGUAUCUGCUGUGUGAGGAUGACAUCUUGCCCUGUGAAAGGAUAAGCCGCCUUGAAAAGAGAGCACAAAAGGACAUCCCAUAUGACUGGAGCCUGUGGACCUGUUUCCUCCUCUUCUGCCUUAAAGCAGCACUGGGCAUCAUCAGUCCCUCUGUCCCGCUCCCCGGCAUGUGAAAUACUGUGAAAACAUCAUUUUGGCACUUUUUGUCCUUGGCAAAAGCUGUGUUGCUUGAAACAGUGCAGAAAGCUGCCUCCAGGAGGUAGCUGGAUGGACCUUGCACAUCGUCAUUCCAAACUCCACAAAUACCACAUCAGCAACGACCCCGACCCUGAUUACACUUCCUCAUGCUCUGAGGGUGUCUUUAUUUUUAAAUCGGUUUUAACUUUGAUUCACUAUCUCGGCUUUGUCUGCUGUUUGUAGGCCAAGCUAGUCACGUGCUUCUGUCAGCCUUUUUUAACGUGAGCUGAGAUUGCAUUUCAGAAGUCUCUGUGCACAGAUUGUUGAGUUGAUUUUGUUUCGUUUACAGUCCCGUUUGUUACACUAUGAUACCUUUAAUGCGCGAGGAGUCCUCUGCAGCAAAGGAGGUGCACACUUUGCGCACUGAGAGCUUAUUUGUUACAUCAGGAUACAGUGUUAUUUCACACCUAAGUUAUGAAUUAUUUUUAUGUUUAUAUAGAGAUUUUUAAUUCUGAUAAAAGAACUGGAUUAUAUUGAAGUGAUGGCAGCUUGGGACUCUCAACAAAUGCUAUUAGUAGUUAUUAAGACGAACUCUCAUUGCUCAUC